ACAGUCCAUGUUGGUCCCGCGGGGAGGAAUGCGCGAGCAGUCGUGCGUUUACGUGGAGCUGCUCCAUUGAUCUGCGCGGCCGGAGUGUAAACAAAGCCGCUUGUCGUAUGGAGGCUCACGGAGAAGCUGGCGCAGAGAAGCAGGGGGGGCCUUGGACGGACGGACGGACGGAUGGAUGGGAAAGUGUGUCGCCAAGUUGCGUCUCCACCCGCCCACAGAAGCCCGAACUCACCGUUUCUGGUCCCGGUGCUGCUCCCUGUAACAUGAAACGAUCCCGGAGAGCGGAGAGGAAAGCGCCCGCUGGCUCAUCGGCUCAUCCGCCACUGAUCCCACGUGGUCGGAGGAGCCUUGUAGGCAUCGGGGCGCGCGGUGGAGGAAGGAUCGUACCUGCGUCGCCGCAGACACGAGCUCAUUCACUCAGGAGACUGCUGCUGCUGCUCGAUCCGUCGCUCCUCCCUCGUUCUCCGGCUUUGGCUCGUCCCCGCUUUGUUUUGACGAGAUGCAAAAAAGAUAACCUGGACGCGUGGACGCGCUUUGUGGUUACAGCUGCGCGCAUGAAAGGGCAAGUGACCAUGUCAGGCGAUGAAAAGGGCCUCCCUGCACCUACAAAGUUCGGACAGUGCACCUAUACAGCAGAGGAGUACCAGGCUGUGCACAAUGCCCUGCGACAGAAGCUGGGACCGGAGUACAUCAGUACCAGAAUGGCAGGAGGAGGCCAGAAGGUUUGUUACAUUGAAGGACACCGUGUCAUUAGUUUGGCCAAUGAGAUGUUUGGAUACAAUGGAUGGUCUCACUCCAUUUCCCAGCAGAACGUUGACUUUGUAGACCUUAUCAACGGGAAGUUUUAUGUGGGAGUCAGCGCCUUCAUCAAAGUGCAGCUAAAGGAUGGGUCGUUUCAUGAAGACGUGGGCUACGGCGUUAGUGAGGGCCUGAAAUCUAAAGCUCUGUCUCUGGAAAAAGCCAGGAAGGAGGCGGUCACCGACGGCAUGAAGAGAGCACUAAAAUGUUUUGGUAAUGCUCUUGGAAACUGCAUCCUUGACAAAGAAUAUCUUCUUGCCAUCAAUAAGAUCCCCAGACAGCCUCCGGCUCCUUUGGACCCAGCGAAGACUAAGCGGUCUGAUGGUGAACCGUCAAUAGAGAAGGCCCGGUUCAGCAGUCUGGAUCGAGAAGAGAAGCUAGUGUGUGCAACAGGUCCUUCCAGGAUGCCACUAGAAUCCAAAGUAUUCAACCAGUCAGAGCUUCACACACCUAGUGCAGCCAGCUCUGUUCCCGACAUAAAGAGUGAAGAUCUCAACUCCAGAUCUGUGGGGUCAGAGGCGCACACGGACCCCAAACACCUCAGAAAACUCAGACAGCAGCAGCUUCAGCAGAAGUUCAGGAAGGAGAUGGAGGCCAAGAAGCUUCAGCAGGUCAAGACGGAGGAGGCCCCGGUCACCGGUGAACGGAGAUGCUCUGAGGGUCACAGCAGAGAGUUGAGGUCCAGCGAGAGCAUCUCUUCUGAAAACAAUAUCGGCAGCAAGGACCCAUAUUUAGCAGACGAUCCCGAGCUCUGGGAUUUCACUCUGGAUGGGAUUGAUGAGCAGAAUAUUCCAGUGUGUGACUCGUCUCCCAAAGGGCCCAGCACUCCCAGUAAUCACCAGAUGCAGACUCGCAGUAAGACGCCUCAGAGAGCUCCAGGCAGACCUUCUGGAUCUUUUGCGGACCGCGUGCCACACAACCAGGCUGUGUACAGACCUCAGCACUACAACCAUCCCCAGGGAAGACCAGGUGAAACCUCUAGUCCAUACAGACACGGACAGGACAUGAAGAAACGCAGACUCGACACCUGAGGUUUUAAGUUAUUAAAUUUUAUCUUGUGUUUUUAUUUAAUAUCCAUUCAUGUUUACACUGUUGAGUGCUGCUAUGUAUGUGGAGAAAAUGUCAACAUUUUUAUCUUCUAAAAGAAUAAAAUCCUAAUUUUAAUAUGAAAAAAAUGUUUUUUGAAAACUAACUUUAUGGAAAGCAGAGUUUCAAUCAAUGUGACAAAAGCAGCGUGACUUCUGAUAUUUUUAUUUGUUUUUACAUUUUGUACAAUGUGAAAAAACAUACACAAAACAGAUACUGGAUCACAGAAAGUCAAAAAAAAAAAGGGAUCAGAAAUCUGUCAGUGGCCUUACACAGUACUGUACGGAGAUGCCUGUUAAUUACUGAUGAACGCCGGGCAGCACGUGGACCUGACCCUGUGGGAGUUUGUGCUGUACAGUGGUGGGUUGGUAAUCAUACGGGAAGGUAAACACCAGUGAAGCUGGCAUGCACAACUGAACUGAUCAUGUGACGUUGAGAUCGCGCCUUUUAUAUACUGAGAACAGCCA